UGGUGAUGGCGGGCGGGUGUCCCCAGGCAGUGGUGAAUAAGGAGUGAGGCAGAGGCCAACAUGAAGACAUGGAGGGCAUCGAAUACAGCACCCAGCCCUUUGAGGAGCUGUACGAGGUGUUUGAGGAGAUCGGCAGCGGUCAGUUUGCAGUGGUGCGCCGGUGUGUGGAGAAGGCCACUUGCAAUGAAUAUGCAGCCAAGUACAUUCGCAAGCGACGUGUUGCCUCGUCCCGGCGUGGGUUGCCCUUGGAGGCCAUUGCUCGGGAGGUGCGGGUCCUGCAAAGGCUCGACAAACACCAGAAUAUCAUUUCCCUCCACCAAGUGUUUGACAACGGUCAACAUGUAAUCCUGGUGCUGGAGCUGGUGCGGGGUGGUGAGCUGUUUGAGCAUAUCAGUGAGCGGGAACGUCUCUCGGAAGAGGAAGCUUCAGCCUUCUUGCACCAGAUUUUGCAGGGACUGAGCCACAUGCACUCCAAGGGCAUUGCUCACCUCGACCUCAAGCCUGAAAAUGUUUUGUUACUGAGCAAGAAUCGACAGCACAUCAAGCUGAUUGAUUUUGGUCUGUCCAGGGAGAUCACUAAGGCGGAGGAAGUGCGGGACUUGAUGGGGACGGCAGAGUUUGUGGCACCGGAGAUUGUCAACUAUGAACCGCUGUCUCUGGCCACUGAUAUGUGGGCCAUUGGGGUCAUUACCUAUAUCUUGCUGUCCGGUGCGUCACCUUUCCUCGGGGACAGCCAGCAAGAGACCUUCAAUAACAUAACAGCUGUGGACUAUUCCUUCGAUGCAGAGUACUUCUCCAGCACUUCAGACCUUGCCAAGAACUUCAUCUGUAGUCUGCUGCUGAAGGAUGCAAGGAAGCGCAUGACAGCCGAGCAGACCCUGAAGCACCCCUGGAUGAGCCCUCAGUCCAGCCAGCAGGAGGAGGAAAGGCGGUAUGCACAAACCAACAUGGACAACUUCAAGUCCUACCAAGCAAGGCGUCGCUGGAAGCACUCGGUGAGGGUAGUGACACUGUGUAACCGGCUGUCCAGGAGUGCCAAGCUGAGGAGCCAGAGUGCUGAGCUGCUGGACACACGCUCAAGUGCCAUAACAUUGCAGGAGGACCAGGACUCCAGCUUUGUGCUCUCAGCGAUGGUGGCGGCUGUGGAGGAAGGAAACCUGCCAGGACUAGAGAAGCUGUUCACUGUGGCCCAGAAUAUUGAUGUUAAUAUGGCUAACAAGCAUGGAGAGAGUGCCAUCCACCUGUCAUGUGGCCUGGGGCAGCUGGACGCCCUCAGAUUCCUGGUGAAGAAGGGAGGAGGGAUAGAGGCCACUGAUGCCCAGGGAGACACACCCCUCCACUGGGCUGCCCGCCAGGGUCAUGCACACAUCAUUGCUUACCUAAUUGAGCAAGGAGCACAAAUUAACACACAGAAUAAGAAUGGGGAGACCUGUCUGCACGUGGCCUGCCGCUAUGGACACACAAUGGUGGUGCAGAACCUGUGCCUGUGCAACAUGAACAUUGACCUCCAGGACGACCAUGGAGAGACAGCGCUGCACAUUGCAGUCUGGCACGGCUUCCCUCGCAUCGUCCACCACUUGUGUUCUGCCUCGGCCAACACUGAGCUGACUGACAAGGAGAGCCAGACACCGCUGCACGUGGCCAGUGGGCGGGGCCAUGUGGAAUGUGUGCGUGGCCUGGUGGGUUCCGGUGCUUGCGUGGAUUCCCAGGAUGCCCAUGGUGCCACGCCAAUCCAUCAUGCUCUGGCCCGCCACCACAUUCAGACAGCACGCAUUCUCCUCCAUGCCGGCGCCAACACUGACAUUACUGAUGAUUUGGGAGAGGCACCGAUCCAUAUUGUAGCCAGGGAGGGAUUACUCUCCUUGGCGCAGACCCUGUGUGCUUUUGGGUGCUGUGUUGAUGUGCCCAACAAGACUGGCCUGUACCCCUUGCACCUAGCAGCCAAGCACGGCCACACAGAGCUGGUCCGGUGUCUGUGUCUGGCAGGGUGCACUGUGGAGCAGAAGAGCCGUGAGGGCAUCCUGGCAGAGGUAUCGGCAAUGGCCCAAGGAUACGAUGACAUAGCGGACCUUCUCAACAGACUCAGAGGGGAGCAGCAGAGAGAAGAGUACAUCCAACAGCUGAUCCCGAGUCCUGCCUCCAUCCCACGCAUCAAAGUGAAGUUCCUGGGUCACUCUGGCGCCGGCAAGACAGCUCUUGUGGACACCCUCAAGACUGGCUACUUCUCCUCCUUCUUUCGCAGGAGCAAGAGCAGCACCUCCACCACAUCGAUCGGCUCUGUUGGAAAGAGUUCCUCCACCAUGAAGGGACACUUUGAAAUGGAGUCGCCUCUCAGCUCCCGCCAGAACUCCCUCACGUUUGAGCCAUGUGAGAACUACACCAAAGGCAUUGAUGUCCAGCAGGUCACCAUUUCUGGGGUCGGGGAGCUGUCACUGUGGGAGUUCUCAGGUCAUGAGGCGUACUUCCCUGUGUAUGACCACUUCAUUGGCAACACCUCCUGUGUCCACCUGGUGGUGUUCUCCCUCAACCAGCCCUUUGAUGUGCAGCUCCAGCAGUGCUCCUUCUGGCUGUCUUUCCUGCAGGCUCGCAUCCCUCCGAUGGAACCACUCAACAUGCGAGGGAAGCCUAGCAAGCCAGCAAAGGUGGCCCUUGUUGGUACACACGCUGACACAGCCCAGUGCCACCGCAACCUUCAGGGAGAGUUUGUUGCUCCACAGGUUCACCUGCUGCAGGAGAAGCUGCUGGACCUGUUUGGGGAUGUGUUUGAGGUGCACGACACAGUGUUUGUGAUGGAUGCCACAGCUCCUGGGUCAGCCGCCAGCCGAGCCCUCAAGCAGUACCUGGCUGACUGCAAGGCCAAGGUCACCCAGGGCUGGAGCGGGGCCAGUGUGGCGUAUGCUGUGGGUGCGGCAGUAAGCGGGGAUGGCUAUACAAUCCUGCAGCCUGACUCAUGUGAGGGGGUGCCUCGAGUCACAGGGUUCCUGGGAGCGGUGGUGACAACGCUGGCAGAGUGGAGGGCCUCACUGGGGGAGUUCCCAGUUGUGUCUUGGCCGCAGUUUGUUGAUGUGACCCACCAGCGAGUCAAUCCAUUGGCUGGGGAGGAGCAUCUUCGUGAGGUGGUACAGCAGCUGCAGUUGAUGGGGGAGGUGGUGUACCUGAAAGCAGAGGCACAAGACUUGGUGGUGCUGGACCCAGCCUGGCUCACUCACCAGCAGAUUGGUCACUUGCUCUCAACACAGUAUGCAGCCCAUGCCAGAGUCACAGGCUGCUACACUGUGGACGACUUCCAGAUGAGCUUCCCAGAGUGUGAUGCUUUAGACCUACUGCAGGUGCUGGAGGCAUUGCACCUCUGUACUCAGUGUGAUAAUGACGGUGAAAUAGAGUAUGAAUUCCCAUGCUUCAACCAAGUGGAGACGCUGGAUGGCCUGUGGGAGAAGGUGGACCCGCGUUACACUGACGGUGUGUAUGGGGGUGUGCGCCUCCGCUCCCCGGCACCCACGCAGUACAUCCUGCCUCCCAUAUACAUCCGCCUCCAGGUUCAGCUGCGGAGGUCAUGGCAGGAGUACCCAGAGAGAGACACAGAUCUCUACCAGUGGUGUGGAGGCUCCAAGUUCUGCUCUGGUCCCCUGGAGGCUCUGCUCACAGUGGAGGAGGGUGGGGAGGCCAUAGAGCUAAAGGUGCGCGGUCCUCCUGAGUCUGGCCCCGUUGCCUUCUUCUUCAUGGAGGACCUCCUAGCCAUGAUUGAUCAGGUCUUGGUUGAGAUGUGUCCCGGACUGGUGCUGGAGAAACACGUGUUGAGCUCGGAGCAGCUGGCAGCACAUGCUGCCACGGUGUAUGCCUGGCCCCCUGCUGACAUAUACACAGCCCUGCUUAGUGGUGGUGUGCAGGCCACUCUUGCCAACCCUAUCACAGCCAAGGAAGAGACAUUCACCAGCUUAGUCUGUUUUGGGUCUCAGGAUGUGGUGUCCAGCCUGGUGGUGGGGGGUGAUGUGCACAUCUCCAGCCUCUGCACUGUCACUGUCCAGCGCUUGGCAGCACUCAUGGAUCCCCCACAUCCAAGGGGCUCUGACUGGUGUGUUCUGGCAGUAAAGCUUGGUCUGCAGCAGCUCCUCCCUUCCCUGGACACAAGUGGUGGUGCUUCCCAACACUCCCCCACUGCCACCCUCCUGCACUCCUGGGGCCAGACCUCUGCAGCAACACUGGGCAAGCUGGUGACAGAGCUGCGAGGGAUGGAGCGAGAGGAUGCGGCCGUGGUGGUGAUGUGUGGUGCUCCCCUGUACCAGUUGGCUCCCCCAGAUGAGGACACCACCUCAGAUUCCCCUCCCAUCUCCUCCACCUCAGCCACCUCUACCUCCAACCUGUCCAGAUGAGGUGGCUCGGAGUCCCCGCCCGUCACCUGGCUCACCCCGCACCCCCUGUGGUGAUGGCGAUGGGUGUGGUGAUGGAAACCUUGUAGCUAUUUAGCCUCUGUUUGCAGUUGUUGAAUUUUUAUGUGUGCAUCAGAGAGUAGUUAUGUAGCUAUUGUUUUCCAGGAUUGGUGUUGAAACUUAAGGGUUUUUUUUCCAGUAUUUAUUUCAUGGUGCAGCACAAGGUAGCUUCAGGCUCUUAGUUCUGUGCUCUCUUCGCUGAACAUAAGUGGCUUGGAAUACAUCACACGUUCAAGCAGAAAUGUUCUUUUUCGUAGUUUAUUAGUUCCAGAUUAUUGUUAUUGUUAUUUGUAUUUGGAGCUGGGAUGAUGGAUUCUCUGUUUAACAAUCCUAGAACUUUGCACGAACUUUCUCUAUCUCUAUCAGCAGGACAAGCUGUGCAAUCAGCAGACUGUGAAUCACAUCUGCUGGGGUGAUGAGUGCCAAUCUUUACAUUUAUAUUAUGGCGUGCUUGAACCCUGUGAAGUGUGUGUGUGUGUGUGUGUGUGUGUGUGUGUGUGUGUGUGUGUAGUAAGUAAAAAUCAGUAUGUUAACUUUGGGCAAACUUCCUCAACUUGGGUGAUAGCUGUUUGUAGCAUCACUAUUGCUUCAUUUACUACAUAAGAAUCUGCUUUCACUGAAACUAAUAUUGAGAGUCAGUAUGCGUGAAGUCCAGCUUGCACUUUUGCCUCGUAGCUGUGAGCGUCAUUUAGAUUUAAGAGUCAACUAGAGUGUACCAUGGCCACUCUGGUCUUUGCAUCACUAUCAGCCCAUGACACGUCCCACAGACCCUGAUAGCCCCAUUAGUUUCCCAUGACAAUACAGCAAUCCUUAGUGAACCAUCUGGCUGCAUUUGAUUAGUAUUUUUCACUGCAUUUUUCUGUAUGGACCAAAGCACCUCUUCAGAGCAUUGUGAUAUUAACUGUGAGAGCCAGCCUAGGACCUUAGCAUGAGCCAGCAAUGCCUUAGAGAGCCCUGCACAAAGCUGUUAGUGGAAUCUGUAGUUGCUUUUGAUACAGAUCCAGAAGGCCGGCUGCUAGUGCCCAGGCAUCCACUCAGCCCACCAAGGCCCUCUCACUCCUCCACGGGGGCUGAUUGACCGCUGCGAUGGGCACUGAGGCCUUUCCAUUGUUGUUCGUUGUUGUUCAUGAUACACUACAAUCAGAUAGUCACUUGCCUUGUGUAGCAAGUAUAGUGUAUGUGUCUUCUGUUCUCAUUUUGAAGGUACCUAAUUACAAAGUGUGUAGUGGUGCUCCAGCCUUACUUUUGUGGUAGUGUUUAUAAGGCGGUACAUACAUAUUAGUGUGGGUUUUAAGUAGCUUUUCUAUCACCACUAACAAACCUUGAACAUCAUGACAGCAUGUAGUUAGUUCAUCUUAGUAUUCUAGUCCACUGUAGGUUUAAUGGCAGAAAAUUUAUACCUAAAUCUUUCUGGUAACUAAGGUUGGUAUGUAGGAUUCUAAAUACUUUCUUCUCUUUACGCAACAUCUCACCUCAUUUAACAAGAAAGAUGCUGUUCUGUAAUUACCUUAAGUGUUGACAGGUACACCUCCAGCACCUGCCUCGGAGACGGGUGGUGGUGUGCCAGGCUGUCAGGUGCAGAGUUAUAUUGGGCAACCAGAUAAGAUUCGUCCACCACUGUGUUAUGCUCCUUAGUGAUAGACUCAGUGAAGAUUAGGUAACUUCUCAGUGCUGAUAUGACAUGUGAUCUAAGUAAGGAUUUUUUUUCACAGUAUUUGCUUGUAUUAUAGGGUAGUUCAUACAUUCCUCUGUUCUUUUUGCUUUGAUGUUUGUUUUCCCCAGCAAUGAGAGGACAAAGAGGGCUCCUUACCUGAACCCUGCUUCUAGCUGUGCAGUUCCUAUCCCAUCAAUGAGUACAGUAAAAAAACACUCUUCCAUAAUACAGAAAGGAUCAAUAUUGAGACUUUCACAUCAACUCUGCAUUAGAUAAUCAUGUAUUUUUUGUACUAUAGCCCCGUUUGACCUUACUGUUGUGUUUGGUUUUGAUUUAGUAACUAAUCUUCUCAUGUAAAGUACUGUACCUUUAAUUUUAGUGUUACAGUUUGGUGUUAGUUAAGUCACUGCCCUGGUAAUGAGCACAGUGGUAACCAGAAGAGGUGCAGGUGUGUCAGGAGUUACCACCACAUAAUGCAUUACAAAGGGGAGGUACUGGUAUCAGCCCAUGGUGUAAUGAAGCUGCUUGCCUUUCAGGAUGCUUCUCUUUGAUGCCUCAAGAAUCAUUCCAAGCCAAGUCAUUUUUAGCUGUUGAUUUCCAAGUAUUAUUAUUUUUUAUUUAGCUGUAAGUUGGUUGGUGAAGACAGGAAUGUGAAAAGCUGAAGCAUUUUCAGGAGUUGCCAAAAGUAAAAGAGUAACAAAGAAAUAUGCUUGAAAAAUUAUUAGAUGGCCUUGUGGUUGUGUAGGUUAUGGUGUGAGGGCAAUAGUUGUGUGAGUGAGGGUAUGAGGAUGAGGAUGGCUGUUCCUGGCAUGGCUGGGCUGGCACUGCUCCCAUGUGUCACCCCCAACUUGUGGUGUGAUAUACAGAUGAGUUUUAUUAUUGUUGUAUUCUGUGUUCAGCUGGCACACGAAAAAUUGCUGCAUUUUGCUUCUGCUCAAUAGUGAAAAGAAAGGAUAAUCUUAAAGAUGAUAUUAAAGGAAGUUUUGUGGACUUUUAGUAAAUGUUGGACAAUACUUCAUGGUGCGUGUGAAGAGUUACUUUGCUUUCCUCACAUUCCAGUACCCUUUAGUGUGUCUGUCUCCAUGUCAAUGUGUCUGGGUGCCAUAAGCACUAUUUAUUGCUUUUAUAUACAUUAAAAGAAACAUUUAU